AUGCUAUUUCUUCUGUCACUACUAGUACACUUCUUCGAAAUUAAUGGUACAGCCUAUAUUGCACCAUCAGAAAACAUAUGGGCACUGCUCAACCAUUUCCUAGUACGUCUGGGCAUCGCAUCCAUAGCCACUAUAUGCACAAGCCACGAGACCCGCUUCCACAUGUGUCUGAGAACGCACCACAGCAUAUACAAGAAAACUCUCCUCAGUCGCUCUCCUGGGGAUGGAGAUACUGAUGCAAAUUGUUAUGGCAAGAUCAUCACCUCUCCUUUGCCUACCAAAAUAGCACCAGGGUGA